GUUCCUAAGCAAGCUCAGAAACUGCCCAUCGGCAAAAAGCUAUUCAGCUCUUGCUAAGGUCACAUUGACGCAAGUCAUCCUGUUCAACAGAAGAAGAGAAGGUGAGGUAUCACGAAUGCUUUUGGCAGCUUUUAAAAGCAGGGAUUCUUCUGAGCUACAUGAAGACCUAGCGAUCUGUCUUUCGGAGUUCGAGAGAAAGUUGUGUCUGCACUUCACCCGAGUUGAGAUCCGUGGUAAACGAGGGAGAAAGGUUCCUGUGCUUCUCAAGCCUUCAAUGGUUUCUGCCAUGGAGCUGCUUGUUGAAACACGUGAGGUUUGUGAAGUCCCAGCUGAGAAUCCUUUUCUGUUUGCCAGAUCAGGAGCAAUGUCUGCAUACCGAGGAGGAGAGUGCAUUUACAGAGCUGCUCAGGAAUGUGGCAUAAAGAAUCCAGAAGCACUGUCAUCAACUAAGCUGAGGAAACACAUAGCAACCAUGUCAAAAAUCUUGAACCUUGAUGAGAACGAAGCAGAUCAAUUGGCUGAUUUCCUCGGUCAUGAUAUCAGAAUCCACAGACAAUAUUACCGCUUACCGGAGGGGACGCUGCAGCUGGCAAAGAUGAGCAAGGUCUUGUUAGCAAUGGAAAAGGGAACACUCUCAGACUUCAAAGGAAAGACGCUUGAUGAGAUUGAAAUUGACCCAAAUGAACAAUUUGAACCCCUCGUUAAUGAUAUGUCAAGUGAUGAGGAGGAUUGCAGCGACCCAUCUCAGUCAGCAUCCCCAGAAGAGACGGCUCAACUGUCUGGAUCACAAAAGGAUCAAAGUUCUUUAAAGGCUCCAAAAAGAAAAUGGGAGGACAUUGAGGUAAAAGCAAUAGAAAGGCACAUGAUGAGGUUCAUCAAGACAUGCAAAGUUCCUGGUAAGCAAGACUGUGAAAGAUGCAUUGAAGCAGAGCCAGAGGCUUUGAAGGAGCGAACAUGGACUGGCCUGAAAAACUAUGUGCGAAACAGGAUCACAACUCUCAAAAAAAAGGGUGCUUUGUAGCCGUGUAGAAGUAAAAUGACUUUUCAAUAUUCAGCACUUUUUUGAAUUUUGUUUCAUAAGCUGUUCACCACUAUGUGUUUAACACUUUUUCAUUUUCUCUUGAAAAAACAGUUGUUAAAAGUAGAAGUGAAAGGGAUGAAAAGAGGGAGGAGUGAAAGUGAAGUAGACGGAAAAGAGGGAGGAGUGAAAGUGAAGUAGAUGAAAAGAGGGAGGAGUGAAAGUGAAGUAGACAAAA